UAACCCCAGUUCCCCUGAAUACAACAACGUAGAAAAUGUUUUUGUGAGAUUUCCAUACAAACUGGGAUUGGGAAAACCCUCUAUCGCCGUUUGCGGGUCAAACCUGUUUUGGUUCAGUGGCACCGUCACCUGGGGAAGUUUGAGUUCCGUUCAUUUAUGAUCCCCAUAGGAAGCGGCGUACGUUCAUUCCAGUUUCAAGUUACUUGAAUCCAAAGCCGCAUCAAACAAACUUUUGCGGGUCUACAAUCAGUUCGUAACCACUGUUCCACCGAUCAACAUGGAACACAUUCACAUCGCGUUCCUCGCUUUACUGACGAUCGUUUCAUCGGCGGCUGCCGCUUCUGUCCCCGUACCGGAUCGGGACAUCACUUUCCCCGUGCACAACGAGAAAGGGCUCGGUGAUCUGUGUCAGGUCCAGUAUCCUACCGAUCCCUACCCCAAGACGGGGUUCUGCAUGCGAGUGCGGGAGUGUGAAUCGUUUGCGUUGCGUGUGUUCUAUCAGCCGAGCUUCAACGUCCAUCGGGAACUGUGCUACUUCGAGGUGCACGAUCCGGUUGUUUGCUGUCUUAGCGAACGGGAUGCCAGGCCACCGUCUUCGGCUUCGGUGGUGGCGCAGCGAACCGAGCUGACCCAAGAUUGGCCCUACGAGUUCGAGAGAGUUAAUUUGGUGUGAUCGAGAGUGGCUGUGAAGACAUUUAGAAGAAUAAAGUUAGUGAUACGAA